AUGGCGGACGAUUCGCAUUGUUGGUGACCUUGUUUAACCUUACUGUUUGCUUUAGAUGAUAUCGACGAAUAUGGAAUGUCAUACAGAAAAAACGUAACAUAUUAAUUGUUAAUUUUAUAUCAUUUAGCCACCCCGUGCGAGGAAGAAAAGUCGCUAUUUCGAGGAUUAUUACGAACAGACUUCACAAUAUCGUCCACGCGAGUCACCCCGUGUCUUCUCACCUAUCCGGCCUUUGCAGCCUGAUGAUCCUCAUCGUGCUCGUAGGGCUCCAAAACCCGUAUGUCCAUUCGUUUUUUUAUAUGUUAGCACCAGGGCGUAGGAACCCCGAUGGGAUGGCGCGGCAUGUAUGCAAACCCUGAAAGGCGUAAUUCCCAGGUGAACGCUGUCCGCCUCAGAAAUGUUCUGAAGCUUCCGAAAGCCCACAAAUGGGUCUUCUAUGAGUGGUUCUAUUCCAAUCUUGACAGACCGCUUCUUCUGAGCGAAAACGACUUCCGGAUAUGUCUCCGAGAAAACUUCCCUAA